AUGCGUGGUGGUGUAGCCCAGGCAUCCAUAUUCUUGCUAUCAACCCUCGCGCCCGCCGUUUCCUACGCUUCACCAACUCUCCACACGACCACAAAUGCUCUUACACAGGAUGACUCGGUACUGCUGUGGCGAGACUCGGAUGGGGUCUAUGUGCAAUUCGAGGCAUCAUGUGCUAGUUGUUCGUUAGACAACGAGGAUGCUUGGCCAGUCAAUUUGUUUAUCGGAAGUACAAAUGGCCUUUGUCACAAUGCUACGGUAUCCGUGAAUGGACAGGAGCUCUCCCAUCGCUGGGAGGGCCCAUCUGCCACGGGCUCAGGCGUGAUCCCAUCCAGCCCGUACAAUGGCAGCACCGAAAUACGAGCAACAUGGUACAGUACAUGUGUCACGGCGCCUCUAGGUGCACCGAACGGGCAGAAUGCACACGUGUUUACUUUUAUAUUUGACACGGAUCGCAGCCACGGUCUCGAAGACGAUAUCGGCUUUACCAUCUCGUUUGGUAACGAUACUCGCAACGAUAAUGGGAUCAAAGUACUCCGGCUGUCCAAUUUCCCUGUGAGUUUCGGCGACAUACCGAACUGGGGAGAAGGGGAUGAUACAAGCGAUCCUAUCGAUUCGAAUACAGGUUCUAGCCCGGAUCCUGGAUUGGCCUCGCUUGAAGUGCAACUCGAAGCUGAGCUUCAGAGACUACAAGUGCUUCAGUAUGAGCUUCAGCAGCUACACAACUCGGUGGCUCUAGAAAAGAAGAAGAUUUUCCAUUUGCUUAAGCAAGACUGCGAGCCCCUGCUUGCGAAAUGGGAGCAAUGUGAGGAUUUCUUCUGUUACCUGAAAUCCUCCUGGCAGAAGGUUCCCGAGUUUUAUUGGUCGAUGAGGUAUCGCUUUGGCCUACUAGGUCCUGGACGGGUCAUUCCUAUCUGUCGUCUUAUUCCUGAAGAACCUCCAGACCAUGACGCCGACGAAACUAAACCAUCACUAUUACCUUCACAUCCGGUUGCGACUCCUUCGAAGCAUGCUAUUCCUACUUACUCCGAGACCUCAUCUUCAUCCUCAACGUCCACUAUACCUUCUACCACAACCGAACCACCGAGGCCUAUCAUAACACGACCACCUUCUAAGCCAGAGUCCCAUCUUGAUACCAACCCCAAUCAUCCGGACAUAACCGAGGUCGUUAUUCCAUUACCAAUAUAUUCUCCAACCAAAAAAUUCAUCCGAUCAUGCGCCAUCAUCCUACUAAUCGCCUUAAUAAUUGGCCUCUUUGUCCGCGUCGUACGCCACAGCACAGCCUUCCGCCGUCGCCGAAGAGACAUCGCAUCCAGGCGUGAAGAACUACGAACCCGACGCGCGUACAGAAAUGCUGCACGACGACUGCGAUGGCGUCAAUGGUGGCAAGGCCGAUUCUAUUUCCAAGCUGCAAGCGUAGCAUCCAGUCACUCACUCCCUGAAUUCCAGCACGUUCGCGGCACGAACUAUCCAGGCGACGAGAAUAACAGACUGAAUCCUCGCGAAAUAAGAGAUAAUGACUCUACAUCAGAAAUUUCGACUCAAUCAUCCGAUACAAACGACGAAGAACCCCAGCAGCGCAUGAUGCAAGCCGAGAUCCUAGGACUGCGUCGCGUGCUCGAAUACGUAGGCCAAUUAGUCGGCUCAGACGACACAACUAGUACAUCGAGAUCGUCGUCGGCACGUCAUAGAAAUCGGUCACGAUCGCGUUCUGUUCCGCCUCCUUACGAAUAUCCAAUGCGUCACAAUCGCAACGCCAGCGUUGGUGAUAAUAACCACCCUAGGAUCCAUACAUUGGAGAUUCGCAGAUCGGUGACUCCAGGAGUGAUAUCUGGUGGACCGAGCUCGCCGCGGGCGAGUACAAUGUUUAGCCUUGAGACGGGCUCGUUGGUUACGUUGGAGACGCUUGAUACGCUGGAUUCGGGGACGGCGCCGCCUUCGUAUCAUCCAUAG